AAGCGGCCCAUUAAGGCGGCGACGCCAGAAGCUGCUGCGGCGUUGAGCAAACGGAACCCAGACGCGGCCUCGCGCCGCCUCCACGCUGCCAGAGACAGCGCUGCAGCGCCAGCAGACCGGGGUACCGUCCGUGGCAGUCUUCAUUCGGCACCGCAGAGAAUGCGAGAGGCCCUGUGGUUGGUGGUGGUGGCGGCGGUGGUGGGUGCGGCACGCGGCCAGAACUUCACCGGCUGCGACCUGUACCAGGAGGUGGCGGUGGGCUCCACCUACAUCCUCUCUUCGCCGCUGUACCCCAACUACUUCCAGGGCGCGUACGCCUGCCGCUGGAACGCCGUCACGGACGCCGCCGCCAAGGUCGUGCUCAGCUGCGACCCCUUCAGCCUGCCAGCGACGGGACAGUGCGACACGGCGCGCCUCAGCGUGUCGACGUCUGGCGACGCAUCGCUGUCGGACGCGCACCUGUACUGCGGCGAGGGCAGCUUCUCGCAGUCGUCCGACGCCAACCGGCUGGUGGUGGCGCUGCAGACGGCGAUCACCAACGCGGGCUCGCGUUUCUCCUGCACCGUCACUGCCGUGCAGCAGCAGCAGCCGGCGCCCGCCGACUGCACCUGCGGCGUCAGGAAGCAGACGCGCAUCGUGAACGGGAAGGAGACGGGCGUGAACGAGUACCCCAUGAUGGCGGGGCUGGUGGACCUGGAGCAGGAGCAGGUGGUGUGCGGCGCCAGCAUCAUCUCGACGCGCCACGCCGUCACCGCCGCGCACUGCCUGCUGCUCUACACAGCUGACACGCUCGCGCUGCUCGUCGGGGACCACAACAUCGCCACAGGGACGGACACGGACAAGGCGGCGCUGUACCGGCUGCAGCAGCUGGUGGCCCACCCCGACUACGAGGACAGCACGCACCUCAACGACAUCGGCGUGGUGCGCGUCGUCGGCCAGAUCACGUACAACGUGGCCGUGGGGCCCGUCUGCCUGCCCUUCCUCUACACCUACACCGACUUCCAGGGCGUCACCGUCCAGGCGCUAGGCUGGGGAACCACGAGCUUCGGCGGGCCGCUGUCCGAUGUGCUGAUGGAGACCAACCUGACGGUGAUCUCGCCCUCCGCCUGCGACUCCAACGCCGCCACGGCAGAGUACCGCGUCUGUACCUACAGGAACGGCACCGAUGCCUGUCAGAGUGACUCUGGUGGCCCCCUGCUGUGGCAGGACCCAUACAGCAUGCGGCUGCAGUUGGUGGGCAUCAUCAGCUUUGGGUCCUCCUGUGCUGUCUCCCCAGCUACCAACACAAGGGUCACUGCGUACCUCCAGUGGAUCGCCCAGGUCACGCAAGACACAUUCUGCAUUGCUUAGUGCAAUUGGAAUGUCUGAAAGUUGGUGCUGCUGAACAUUCAGAUAGCAAAUACUGGACAGCUGUGUGAACUUCGGAACACAUGACCUCUGUUGUUUGUUGUUACAUUGUUAUAUCAAUAUUAAUAAAAAUAUCAUGCAAAAAUUGUGACUAAUUUGACUUUGUGUUGAUUAUAAACUUGAGAAGCUCCAAAAGGAAACUGUGUUGAUGUGCCAAAUGAAAUGCCAUUCUGUAUUCAAUGUGAGUCACUGACAUUGUUGUGGAGAUAGUGUCAUUUUAUCUUUAGAGAUUAGUACAGUACACUACAUUUUUGUGUUUAUUUGUCUA